AUGGCAGACGAAGAUCUCAAACUCUCCUUAUCUACUCCCACAUCAUCUCCGCUGCCUUCAAGCUCCUCGGCGCAUUUCUACCCCUUCGCAACGUCACCGGAUAUUAUCCGCUCCCACGAAAAGGACGUUUUCCUGACUUCCAGUCUGGUCAAUCAGGCACAAGCGAUCAUUCGCUCUCUCCGUGGCGCACGCUUUGCUCAUAUCCACUCGGACGCGAUCAAACACCUGACCGAGAUUCUAUACUUCUCACUAACGACAUUAAUUGGCAAUCGGACUCUGGGAGAGGAGUAUUGCGAUCUCGUGCAACUGGAAGAUGAUACACUUCAGCUUCCCUCGAUUCACCGAAGAGCGGGCUAUAUUCUGAGUAGCAUCCUUGUACCGUGGGCGCUUCAGCGGAUUCUCCCCGGGUUUCGCCAGCGACUACGCGCGAAAUUGGAGCGUAGCAUCGCCCGGCAACAACUCAAAGCGCAGCAGAAAGCAGAAGAAUUGAGAUUUACCAAGAAAAAUGCUUUGAAGAAGCAGUCAUUCUUCACCGCACUUCGAGUCCAGAAAUACAUUCUGGAGCAUCUCGACUCGAUCACCUCGCUUUCACCUAUUUACGCCCUAAGUAUAGCAACCUUUUAUUUCACUGGCUCCUACUAUCAUUUGUCGAAACGCUUCUGGGGACUGCGCUACGUGUUCACGAAGAAACUGGAGGAAAAUGAACAGAGAGUAGGGUAUGAGGUCUUGGGAGUUUUGCUUGUCCUUCAGAUCGCGGUACAAGGCACUCUGCAUAUUCGAAAACUCGGCCUUAGUAUGCAACAAGAGGGAGAGGGUAUUGAGACCGAAGUGGCCAGUUCCAAGCCUCAAGAUGACUCCUUGAUCCGCUCCAUUCAGAAUCCUUACAACCUCCCGCUUCUUCCUGCUUCUGCAGCUCGAUAUGAUCUUUCAGAAGACUCGAAUGCCAUUCCGUGGAUUCCUUCAGGGCAACAGAGCAAGUGCACGCUUUGUCUGGAACUAUACAAAGAUCCCAGUGUCACAACAUGUGGACAUGUCUUCUGUUGGACGUGUAUUCGCGAUUGGGUACGCGAGAAGCCCGAGUGUCCACUCUGUCGACAAGAGGUAAUACCAUCUAAGGUCCUGCCGCUGAGGGGCUGA